AUGCAUCUGGCGCGCCUUCUUGCCCCAGCGUUCCUGGCUCUGACAGCCUGCGGAACCGCCGAAGCUGCGAGGAACCCGAAAAACAGCGUCCUCCUCUCCAACGUCAAGUCCCUCACUCUCCGAAAUGGCCAAAAGACCUCUGCUCGCCGCGUGUCGCCCAUUCCGCAGCUCACUUGCAUCGGCGGCGACGCGAAGGGCUUGUACGAAGUCGACGUGAUGCGCUGCAAGAAUGCAGGCGCCGACUAUGACGACGAGAACAUCCAGUGGACUUGCCAAGCCUCCCUCCCCGAAGAGUUCAAGCUCGGCUCUACCGACGUCGUUUGCGAAGGUUACGAUUCGCCCGACGACCCGUACAUCCUGAAAGGCAGCUGCGGUGUCGAGUACCGCCUGAUGCUAACGUCAAAGGGGCUGGAUAAGUAUGGACACCGCAAGGGUAGCUGGGGGGGCGGGGGUGGAUCAUCGGGAGGCGACGACGUCAGCCAGGGCAUCUCGGUUCUUUUCUGGCUCAUCUUCCUCGGAGUCGUCAUCUGGAUGCUCUUCAAAGCGUGCGUCGUCGGCGGCGGCAAUUCGAGGGACCCUAAUACUUGGACCGGACCGCGCUUCGAUGGAGGUGGAGGCGGUGGUGGGGGAGGUUGGGGCGGCCCUGGCGAUGACGACCCUCCACCGCCUUAUACCCCGCGUUCUCCAUACAACUACGGGCGCAAGUCGUACCCCAGCACCAAUGCAGACAACCAAGGGUGGCGGCCUGGGUUCUGGUCCGGCGCACUUGGAGGUGCUGCUGCUGGUUAUUAUGCGGGUAACCGUGGCAACCGGGGGGACUCGACACGGGGAGGCGGUUUGUGGGGGAACAACGCGGGAGAAGGAUCAUCUGGGACCUACAGAGGACCUUCAUCGCCGUCUCCAAGCACCACGAGGCACGAGAGUACGGGCUUUGGAGACACAAGGCGAAGAUGA